UUGAAGGAAAACACACAUGUGUUCUUUUACUGGAUCAGUAAAAGAACACAUUGGAACACCGCGGACUAGUUUAGGUCGUAGAGUUCCCGAGAGACUCACAGUCUGCAUGAGAUCAAUUAUCCCCCAAGGUUAUGCAUCUGUCUGAUUCCUUUAAAUGCUAACUUGCUACAGGGGAAGAAGAGAGGACUGUGAAUUGCCUUUAACUAAAUUUCAGAACAGAACAUUCUGUUUUCAGAACGGCAAAAACCAAUCUCAUUUUGGUAGGUCCUGUGGAGUCCCGAUAGGCCAUUCCAAAUAACUGCAAUGACCUGUCAGCAACUACUGAAAGCCUCCACCGAUUGUUUAGGCAAGAUGAAUUUGGAGGAAUACUUUGAAAGAAUUGGUUUCCACGGAUCUUUUGAUGAACUGGAUCUUGCAACACUGAAGUUGAUCCACAAACAGCACGUCAUGUCCGUCCCUUUUGAAAACCUCAGCAUCCACUGUGGCGAAAAGAACGUCAUGGACCUCGAUGCCGCUUUCAACAAGAUCGUGAGGCGCGGCCGUGGAGGUUGGUGCCUUGACAACAACUUCCUGUUUGGCUGGGUGCUGAGAGAAAUGGGGUACGACACCACGUCGCUGGGCUCCAGAGUUUUCGACCAUUCCCUCAAUGAUUUUGGCCCCCUUGAUUCUCAUUUCAUCAACAAGGUUGUCAUUGAUGGAAAGGCUUACAUAACAGAUGUCAGCUUCGGCACGUCUUUUCAAUUGUGGGAGCCCCUGGAGCUCGUCUCUGGAAUGGACCAACCUCAGGCAGCGGGUGUCUUUCGCCUCCUUGACCAGGGGGAAAUGUGGGUGCUGGAGAAAACUGGUAGAAAGCCGGAGGUUCUCAAUCCAGAGUUUGCCAAAUCAAGUCUGGUGAAGAGGAACGAAACCAAUCAGAUCUACUGCUUCACCUUGGUGCCUCGGGAGGCCGAACAUUUCCUUGAGAUAAACCACAAACUCCAGAACGAGACGUCACUCUUCACCAAUAAGUCCAUCUGCUCUUUGCAAGCACCAACAGGAUUCAGAGCCCUGAUUGGUUGGACCUACGGGGAGGUCACCUACAAACCCGACGAAGGAGUGGACGUCUUUGACAUUAGAAAAAUAAUGGACGAUGAGAUAGAGCAAAUUCUUCUUGAAAAGUUCAAUAUAAAGCUGCAGAACAAACUGCAGCCUGUCAAAACAAGUCAUACUGCACAUUCUGAAAUCCUACACAUUCACGUUUGGAAAUUGAUCCGCAACCUGUGACAAUCUAACAACCAACCGGGUAGAGCAGUUUGUUGAAGAAUUGUCUAUUUGAAACCUGAGCAGUGCUUUAAAUGUAGUCUUUUGUACAUCAAAACAUGUGCAAUUAAGUUGGGGAAGAAGUUAAAAUGGAAAACUUGUUUCUGAUUUCUUUCUUUGGAAUAUUUGUAGGGUAUUUAUCCUGUUUUUAAUGAGAGGCGCAGACGUGUUGUCCGGAAAGUCUUGAUGACCAAAUAAUACUGAUUUGGUCAUUAAUACUGUUCUUAAUAAAAUUAUCAAAGCCUAAUGUGAUUACAUUACAAACAUACAUUUGUAUAACCCUCUCAUACAAUGUAGAAUUGUUUUAUAUUUUUAAUUAUAUUGUACUGUAGAUUAUUGGGCAUGGAUGUCAUCUGUACUUCUGUUCAUAGAUAUGAUGCUUUCACUUAUAUAUUUUUUCCGA